AUGAAAUUAUCUAACUUACUCAGUGCAAUAACAAUAGCGCAAAGCUUGUCUUUCGCUUCUGCUCAAUUAUCCAUGAAUGGCCGUCAACUUCCUAAAGAUUUCAUUUAUGGUUGUGGAGUGACGGCUUAUCAAGUUGAAGGAGCUUGGAACGAAGACGGAAAAGGCGUUUCGAUUUGGGAUGAAUUUGUUCAUCAAAAAGGUCAUAUCAAAGGUGGCGCAACAGGUGAUGUUGCAAUGGAUUUUUAUCAUACGUAUAAAAAGGAUAUUCCAUUAUUCAAGAAAUCUUUGGGCAUUAACAAUUUCGAUUUCACCAUCGCUUGGACAAGAUUAUUGCCUAACGGUAAAGGUGAUAAGUUAAACGAAAAAGGCGUACAAUAUUACAAGAAUGUAGCAGAUGUUGCACACAAGAACGGAAUGAGUACUACUUGCACCUUGUAUCACUGGGACUUGCCAGCAGCUUUGCAACAUUCUUAUGGCGGUUGGAAGUCUGACAAAAUUAUUGCCGAUUUCAAAAAUUACGCUUCUUUGGCAAUGGAAGCCUUGGGAAAACAUUGCGAUCGAUGGGCAAGCAUGAACGAGAUCCGUACUUUCUGUGUAGAAGGAUAUGGUGGAGAAGACGGAGAUUCAGCUCCAGGAAUCAAGGAUGAUAUUCCACAAAUGUUUCAAUGCGCUCAUCAUGCUUUAUUAGCACAUGCGGAAGCAUAUCACGAGUUUCAAAACUUGAAGAAAGCAGGAAAGGUAAAAGACACAACUUUCGGUAUCAAAUUAGACGGUUCACCAGCUAAGCCAUCGAAUCCCCACAGUGCUGCUGAUCGUCAAGCUGCUCAAGUUAGCAUGGCAUUUGGAAUCGGUUGGGAUGUCGCUCCACUGACUACGGGAGACUACCCCCCUCUCAUGCGUUCUACUCUUGCAAAGCACUCAAAGAAUCCAGACAUACUUCCACGAUUUACCCAAGAGCAAAGCGCACGUCUCAAAGAUGCAUAUGAUAUCAUCUAUUAUGACGGUUAUUCGAGCACAUUUGCUGCCGCUUUACCCAAAGGUACAAAAUGUGAUGAAGACAAUCAAGAUUAUUGGCCUUCAUGCAUUGAUGAAGAAACAAAGAAUAAGAGAGGAAAGUUGAUUGGUAAGCCAACAGGUUCAGAUUGGAAUUUCUUGACGAAUGAUACCCUGUACCAAGGCCUAACCUAUAUGCACAAGAAAUGGAACGUGAAAGCAUUAGCGAUUGGUGAAAAUGGAAUGGUCUUACGAAAUCCUUUGAAAUUAUCUUUUCACCAAAAAAUCGACGAUAAGGGCCGAAUUGAAUGGUACAAAUCCACUUUACGUAACAUUAAGUGGGCGCUAGAUACUGGUAUUCCAUUAAAAGGCUUCAUUCCAUGGACCUGCAUCAGGAACUUUGAAUGGAGUAACGGCUAUGAAGGAGACUUUGGUUUAAUCUACGCCAAUCCGGGCAAGAACCAAAAGCGAACGCCGAAGAAGUCCAGUGCUUUCUUGCGUAAAGCAUUCCAUAAUAAACACUGAACACUACAAUCCUUAGAUUCUUUAGCCUGACAUAGUACCCUACCUCGUGACAUUGCCACUCUUAUUAAUUGAUUUAGUUUUAGUCUCUGCUACCUAUCGAUGAGGGAGACGAGGGGUUGUGAAGAAUGAAGAAGAUGUUAAUAAGCAGAGAAUGGAUAGAACUAUGAACUAUAACACUCCGUACGACUAGCUAUUUAACCGGAAGCAAUCUUUUUCAAGCCAGCUUCGCUUCCGUUGAAAACAUCUUGAUCACCGGGGAAGUUUCCGGAAUCUGCCCAUUGCCAGAAGGUCUCGUAUCCCCAGUUUCCCGGCACAGUUCCAACCGAAGAGCUGCCGUAUCGUGCCAAGACGAGAGGUGACUUUUGACUGAAAGCUGCACUGUUUCCAGUGCAUGUGUUCCACCAGUCAUUCGUUCUGUUAACA